AUGUGUGUCGGAGCACGCGAGGGAAUGGAUGAGGUAGACGGACGUGAUACGACGGAUAGAUCGAAAGAAGAAAAGAGUGUUGUCGAAAUCGAUUUCGGGUUCGAGAGAGAUAGUCGAAACUGGAAGGAAGGAAGCUGUGUCCUGCCGACUGUCGCUCUUUCCCUGCGUCUGGAAAAUCCAAGGAAGGUACCGGUGCUUGCUGUUGGAGAGAAAUGGGAAGGAGCAACGUGUCGACAACAAAUCCCACAACGGCCGCGCCAAGCAUGGGGGAACGCAGGAAAUUCCAGAAUGAAAACGAAGCCAGAAGCGAGGAGGGACAAAAAGGAGAACACUUGA